AUGUCUGUUCAACAGUACCUUUCACAGUUGGUGUUGGCGCUUCCCGUCGAGAAGUUCCAGACUCCUGAGCCCAACCAAUAUCCAUCGCUCGAAAAUCCUGCCCGUCUCAUUCUUGAAGGAAAGUCAGCAGACAUCAUAAGCGAUAAUGAUACCAUCGGCUUGAUCCUCUCAGAUUCUUCAAGGAAGGUGUUAGGAGGCUUUCCAGCCCAAAGCCUUCUUGAAGUGGCCCAUUUGUACGUGGAAGAAAUAAUCAACACCUACAAACAGAAGUUUCCCGAAGAAGAGGCCCAUCUUCAACUCCAUUUGUUGGCCAUCGGUUUGUUACAAACGUUCAUCCAGGUCAACUACACCGGUCCAGGCAUCCAGUACACUGCUCAAGAAACGUUCUUCCCGGGUGUGGACCCUGCCAUGCUCCAAUUGGAAUGUUGCCGGGCAUUGACCAUCGAGGGUCAACAGGCCUACGACUUGGUAACCGAACCAUUUUUGUUGGUACUUUCGUCUUUGUUAUUUGAAAAAUUGAUGGGCAUAUCCAGAACCCACUCCUUGUUCAGUAACCAGUCCAUUGACGAAAUGAUCGAAAUCACCAGCUCUAUCACCAAAAACACUCAGGACUCGGGUAAUGUUAUAAUGGCAUCGAUCCAAUGGUGGAGAUCCAGAGCCUUACAAGUACAUUUAUCCAUCUUGUCAGAGCCUCCAUCCAUUUUGUCCACAAUUUCCUCCAUUUUGUUGAACCCAUCCGUGUGCAACAACUUGUCCCCAAAGGAUAAUCUGGAAAUUCAAAAGAACAUCCAGUUGAUAUACUUUUUGGAAUGCUCCAGAAGCGGCAUCCACAGUUACACGGAACACCUCUCUAUUCCAUUGUUGAACAAGGCCAAAAAGCUCUCCAAUCUUCAGUUCAUAUUGUCUGGUGCAAAGGCCAAAAGAACUCAGUUCCAAACCUUCCAUACUUCCGCCUUAAUCGUGUUGGCUAAAUCCCAAGGUGCUUCCAUUUUUGACCAAGAAACGGGGGAGACCCCAGAGGACUUUGCAUUGGAGUCAGAUUUAUUGCUCGAGCGUCCUCGAUACGAAUCUUUGGACGAUUUGGAACUCCAAGACGAACCAAAUACUAAAAAACUCAAAUUCGAUGAUGUUGAAGCCAGCGAAAAUUUGCUUUUGCCUAUUGCUAAUCGUCAGGAAGAUAUUCCCUCCGAGUUGAAGGCCUUGGACCCUAAUGACCAGCCUGCGUUGAAUGACAUCGAUAACCUUCAGCUUCUUUUGAGAUUUACCACCUUGAAGCAAACCUCUCCUUCAGGUAACCCUUUGGUGGAAGAAGAACUCAUGGCCCUCGUCUCUAGAGUUUUAUACACAAGUUCCAAGAAUAUCAACUGGACCCUUUUUUCAAGAGCAUUGUGGGAAAGAUCGCUUUUGGAAACCAAUAAAUCUAGAACCAUCGAAAGAGGUUUGCUUCAAAUGACUUCCCUUAUUGAAGAAAUUGGCCUCAAAAUUAAAACCAGAAUUAUUCCUCAAGCUGUCGACGGGACAGCGUUAACUUCUUCCAGGUUAAGAUUCAUUCACCAGCUUCCUCUUAUGCCACAAUGGUCCUUAGAUGCAAAGUUAGCUGAAAAGUAUAUGUCGUUGGGUAUCAUCAAGUCUGCUAUUGCUAUUUAUGAAAGAUUACAGAUGUCUUGUGAAUUGGCAUUAUGUUAUGCUGCCAUUGAGGACGAAAAGAAGGCCGAGGAAAUCUUGAUGGAAAGAAUCCAGCAUCAUCCUUCCGAUGCCAGAGCCAUCUCCAUUCUCGGUGACGUGAAACAGGAUCCAGCUCUCUGGGAAAAGGCCUGGGAAGUUGGCAAGUACUCCAAGGCAAGGGCCUCUUUGUCCAGAUACCAUUAUAACCCACCAGCUUCGAGUGGACUCACCAAGAAUCUUGAACUCGCCAUUAAGUAUAUGAAUGAUUGUUUGACUGUUCAUCCAUUGAGUUAUGAGAACUGGUUUUUCUAUGGUUGUUGCGGCCUUGAGUCUGGUCAAUUCCAACUUGCUUCAGAAGCAUUCACUAGAUGUGUCAGUUUGGAUGAUACCAACUCGCAUGCGUGGUCCAACUUGGCUUCAGCUUUACUCAAAUUGGAUAAAACCAAGCCCGCUUUCAAUGCUUUGCAAAAGGCCAUUAGAAAUGCAGGUGAGAAUAAGAAGAGUUGGAGAAUCUAUGAGAACUAUAUGAUUGUUGCUGUUAAAUUGAACGAGUGGAACGAUGUGAUUAUUGCUCUCCGUGAACUUAUUGAUAAGAAGAAAGGAAAGGAUGGUGAAGCAUCCAUUGAUAUUCCCAUCAUAGAAAGAUUGGUGGAGAUUUUGGUGUCUACCGAGUUCCCUAAGGUCGACGAGAAUGGACAGCUCGGUCGUUUGACACAUUUCCAAUCCUCAUGCAUUGACUUGAUCUGUAAUGUGUUGCCCACUAUUAUCACCACUUCUUCCAGAUGUUGGAGAAUCAUUGCUAGAGUUGAUUUGUGGAGACAAAAGCCUUGGUUGGCACUUGAAUGUCACGAAAAGGCUUAUAGAGCAUUGAGUCAGAGGGCUGAAUUGGAAUAUGAGGAAGCUGCCUGGAAUGAUGCUGUAGAUGCUUGCUCGGAUUUAAUUGGUGCGUAUGAGUCCUUAGGGGAAAAGCCUGGAAAGCAUGGUGCUGGGGACGUGGUAUGUGCUGACUGGAAAUACAAGAGCAGAACCACUAUCAGAUCCUUGAUGUCGAAGGGUAAAGAUAUGUGGGAAAAUAGUGAGGGAUGGGAGAGAUUGCAAGAAAUGAAGAGUGAUGUUGCAUCUAACUAG